CGGAUAUAGUUCUGAAUUAUACGAAACGACAUUCAUUGUUUGAUGCUGCUAGCUACUACCAUGGCGUCAGCUAGGAAUGCAUUUAAGAGUUUCUUUGAGAGGGAUAGGACUUUUCGCCCGAAAAAGAGGUUUGAGCGAGGCACCUUAAAAUACAAUCUUCACAAGCAAGCUAAUGCCUCUCUUAACUCGGGCAUUGAUCUGAAGGAAGUAGUUAAACUACCUGCAGGAGAGGACCCUAAUGACUGGGUUGCUGUUCAUGUGGUGGAUUUCUUCAACCGCAUCAACUUGCUUUAUGGCACAGUGUGUGAAAAUUGCACUGAACAGUCCUGUCCCACAAUGAGUGGAGGGCCAAGGUAUGAGUAUCACUGGUGUGAUGGCGUCAACUACAAGAAGCCAACGGCUUUACCAGCCCCACAGUAUAUAAGCCUCCUUAUGGAAUGGGUGGAGUCUCAGAUCAACGAUGAAAGCCUUUUCCCAGUUCAAGUGGGCCAUCCAUUUCCCAAGAACUACCUGUCAGUGGUUAAGAAGAUCCUGAAACGCCUCUUCCGUGUUUUUGUCCAUGUCUACAUUCAUCAUUUCGACAAACUUGUGGCCAUGGGAGCAGAAGCUCAUAUCAACACUUGUUACAAACACUUUUACUAUUUUGUCACGGAAUACAAUCUUAUUGACAAAAAGGAGCUAGAGCCAUUGAGAGAGAUGACAGAGCGGAUCUGCCACUGAAUGCCAUACUUGGGACAGAAUAAAGACAGAUUAAUGUCUACAUACCAACCAGGACCUCAUUUAAUCCAUAAUGAAGAUUGUCCACACUUCUGCCCCUUUUAGGCAUGAUCAUCACUUUGCAAGUCUGUUACGAGAAGCAAUGAAAUACGUCUAAUACAUCUGAAACUGUAAUGUGAUCAAAUGUCUUAAGUCAAGAGACAGCAAUUGUUUGUUUUUAAAGGACUUUUUUUUUAUCUAAAGAGAAUAAGAGUAAUGAUUUCGUCAUGUCGAAAGAGCAUACAACGUGCAGGGUAUUUUUGUAAGAAGAAUCCAUCCAUAGAACGCAACACUUCGGUGAACUACAUCUACACAUCUUAUCAUCCUUGAUCACAGUACUUUAUGAAAAGUCAUCGAAGGCCUGAUAUACUCUGCCAUCUUUUGGGUCCCCUCUUUCCAGGUCCUACAGCAAGGAAGAGGUGUGGAAAUAAACGAUGAUUAGGUCAUCUUAUUCUUGGCCAAUUCUUGUCUUCACUCAUUCUAGAUAGGAUCAGCAAGUCUCUAGGCUUGGCCUAUCUGUGAUUACUCAUAGUAUUUUCUUGUGUAUAGAGCAUUUAUCAGAUUUGUCUUACUCUCCCGGUCAGCUGCAUAAUGAUCAACAUCUCAUGUUAUGUUUGAUAAAAGAUUGUGGUGACCUCAAGCAUUUAUCAUUUUUGAGCUUGUCAGUUUUUUUUGGUCUAAUGGAUGUUGCAGCCAGAACUGCAGACUAAAGACUGGAGAGAAAUGGUAGCAGUUGUCAAUGUCUACUAAUAUGUGUGACAAUUCGCUGCUUUGCUGUCGUAUGCAAGUAAAAGUGUCUCCCAGGAACAAGUUUGCACUUAUCUAUGAAAUGCUUGAAGCACUAAUGUAAGACUGAUUCUGUUUUUAUUUUUGUCUAUAAGCUUUCUUGUGAUUAUUGCUUAGAAAAAAAGAAGCGUCAUACCAUUUUUGGACAGCCACUUUCUCAUUUUCAGACAAGUUAUUGUAAAGAAAAUAAUAGCUUCUUCAGAUAUACCAUAGGACUCGUAUUUCAGCUUAAAGGGUUAUUUGCUUGGUUUGAUCCAUUCAUUUUGCUUUUUCAAGUUAUUUUUGCUUUCUUGGUCUUGGAUACUUGAGGAGUCCUGAAAAAUGAGUUUUAGGGUCUGGACUGUUACUCUCAUAUAUGUAUUUAUUUUAAGGAUGAAGUCAAAAUGAUAAAUCAGUUCACAUUAAAUGAUUUAGAAUGACCUGUAAUCUUUGUGAAAAGUUUCAAAUAUUCUUCAAUUCUUCCUCCCCACACAAUUCCCAAUUUACCUUAGUGUGUCGCACAAUGUAAUCUGUGAUUUAGUGAUAAGAACAAUCAAUUUGUAAGCAUAAAAAAAUCAUGAUGAAGAUAUUUAGAUUUUGAGUUGUUUUGUUAAAGAACUAAAAUGACCAAAUAUGAUAUUAAAGAACACUUUAAACAGUUGAUGAAUAAUCCUGCAACAUGUUUUAAGUAUACACAUUAUCAAGUUUAUUUAUAACCAUACUUUUAUUUUUCCACCAUGUUUGUUUUAUGCACAUAGCUAUGAUGGUCACAGUUUGCUGCUUUUCUUUUUCUGUUUUAUGUCUGCUGCACAAUUUUCAGUGCCAUGGUCAAAUGUGGAUCUAAAUUAACCUGCAACAUGUCUCAUAUUGUGAAAGAGAAGCAAGUUUUACUUUGGAAGAGUAAAUUUUAUGGGGUAGAUUACUUAUUUCUUAUGGGUCUCCUAUCAGUUUUAAUAAAAUCACAUUCAGCAUAUUACUGGUUUCCAGGCAUGUAAACUUCAUACAAGCUAAACAGAAAGGUGAUGACAUUUAGGGGUGGUUAACAGUCCUCUUUCACCCCGGUGCAUGUGUGCACUAGUCUUUGCUUAGAAAUAGUGAUGUCGACGCAAGGGUCAGGGGUUGAAGUGCAUAAUGCAUUGGCAGCUGACUUGCUCCAUAUCAGUGGUUUAUCUCCCUAGAGGAAGUUUUUCAUGUCAGAAGCUUUCUCAUCUUUUAGUACACGUUGUCAUCAACUUCUUAUGAAUAGGAACAUGCCAGCAACGAGCUGUUUUAAAAGAAAGAUGCAUAAUGUCCAAAUAAAGGCUUGACGGCAUACCUGGACACUACUGUGAUAUUCCUAAAUGAUGUACAGUUCUUAAGCUGCCUUAAAGAAAAGGAGAUGACAGCAAAGACCUCAAGUCAAAAGCAGAAAUUAGUGUAGUGUUAGUGUAGCAAUAACAACAUUCUUGGAAGUGAAAUAUCUACAGUAAUUCAGUAUUUGUCAUUAUGGAGUGUUUAGCUCCUAGAAAUGGGAAAUUCAUUGUCAUAGCUAUUAUGCUGCUUUGACAAAUGUUCCUUUUGAGAGUCUGUGAUCUUUGCUGCUGAUAUGCAUACAACACCAACAACCAUUAGCAAGUGUAUACUGAUCAUAUGUUCUCUGUGUUCACCAUUUUCAUACAUAUAACAGUGUUCUUUAAGAUUUUUUUAAAAAUUAUGCAUGUAUACUUCAACCCUACCUCACCUCCUGUGGGUUUUAUUAAAGGAGAGCAUGAAAAGGGUUUCUUUGAGACUGACCCUUGCUCCUUGUUCCAUUCACUGUCACAAUCCUUAUAUAAGCAGAUGCAGCUUGCCAGAAAAUUUUAAUUUUUCAUGUUCAUAUUUGUAAGUGCAUGAAUUCUGGGUGAUGUCAAGGUAGUGUACUAGAAAGUUUGCUCUCAUUCCCUUGGACUCUAGUCAUUUCAAAUCAAAAGAGUUUAUUUAGAUUCUGGAUUUGGGGCACAAUUUAUAUAAAGUACAUAGAAUGCUUACAGUAACACUUCCAAAGAACCUGACUUUAUUUUUGGUAUGUUAAGAAAAAAAAUUGUUCAAAAUGGGGAAAGUGUAUUGAUGAUGCUUUUUUUAAGCUAGAGAUUGCCUCAGUUGAAUGUUGAUUGGUUGGCACAGAUUUUGGAGAGGGAUCAAGACUUGUGUGUGAAGUUUAUCGUCAUUAUCUGCCACUUAUUGCCAUUGUGCUUUCUGAGUAUAUGCCUCAUCUGUAUGUCUUCGCUCUGGACAAUGGUGCAAGAUCUGCUCAAUGUGGAAUGUGUUUAAACAGCUACAAGAUUGUUUGCAUUAGGUUGUUUGUAAUUCAUGUAGUCAUAAUAAUAAUUCUUAAAUUGUGACACAUUCUUGCAUUAGAGUCUACUCACAGCACAUGCACACACACACAUAUACAUCAGUGCACAUGCAAGAUUUUUGAGUUGGUGUUGAAUUAGGCUUAUGAACUCUUAUUGAGCACUGUACUCCAGCCAAAAUCAGGAUUCACUGUGCUUUUUUAAACAAAAAUGUAAAACAAAGUGACAAAUAUGCAAGAUAUGUUAAUGAAGAUUUUUAUAGUUGACAUUUUGUUAGAAGGUGGUCAGAACAACAACAAAAAAUUAUGAACUACAAAAUAUCAUGCAUCAGAUUUAGUUUUUUUGUAGUUAUCAUCAUGCUUUCUAAAACUACAUUUAUCAUCCUAGAUAAGUUGAUUGCUCUAGGUUACUGGCAUGUUUUUCUACAUCCAACAUGAAAAAUGUACUAAUUAGUAAGGGUAAAGCGUGUUUUAGUGCAGAAUUGUGCAUUGAUGCUUCUAGCGAGGUUUUCUUGACUAAAUCCUUGUACAUAUACACCAAAGACGUGUUUCAGUAGUGUCAUCAUUACCUGUCAAGUGAUUUUGUUUGCCCUACCUGUAGGAACCAUCACCAUCAUUCAGCCAUAUUCUAGCCUUCACUAAAUAUUUUACUAGAGACGGUUCUUUAGCAUGGAAUAAUAAAAAAUUAUGAGAUGUUUGAUACCACACAGAAAGAUCAUCCUGUAGGAGGUGGGAAAGAGCUUGUUAAAAACUGGUACCACCACCUGUAGGAUAAUCUUUCAGAUGUAAAAACUAACAGGUGAAAACCUGGUGCAAGAUCUUGCUAGUAGAAGACCAAGGUAUUGCGUAUAGAGCACGUGUAACCUAGAUCGUCAUACACUGAAAUAAUUUGUUAGGUUUUAAUGCUGAUUAAGAUAUUUAGAUUACUUUGUUGGAUAUAACACUUUGCACAUCAGACAAUUGAGAGCAGAGUAACUGCAUGGGCUUAUCCAUAUUUUUUUAACAUUUGUGCAAGUAGAAAUGUUUAUUUACUUUUGAAAGCUCUUACUGUAUUUGUAAAUAAACUAUUUUGGAAAACAA